GAAGAACUAGGAGGCGAAGACCAGUGAUCCUUUAACCUAGUUUCGCAGUCGGCUUUAUUUUUUUUAACCUUAUAAAGUUAUUAAAAUCAAGACAUGAUGUGAAAUAAUCGUUACAGGAGUCCAAACGGAAGAUAAAUAAGAUAGGACGCUGAGCAGGUUGUGUGAGACAGAGACAGAGACAUGGAUCAGGGCGUGGUGGACAGCCCGGUGGUUCUGGUGAUUAAAGCUCCUGAUCAGAAGUACGACGAUCAGACCAUCAGCUGCUUCCUGAACUGGACGGUGGAGAAGCUGAAGAGCCAUCUUUCCAACGUGUAUCCCAGCAAACCUCGCUCUAAGGACCAGAGGUUGGUGUACUCCGGAAAGCUUCUCCAGGAUCACUGUAAACUCAGAGACGUGCUCCGAAAGCAAGAUGAGUUCCACAUGCUGCAUCUGGUGUGUGCGUCACGCAGUCCUCCUGUUUCACCCGCCACACGCAGGAGAAAUGAGCCAACGAACGCUACCAGCUCCAGAAGUCCCGCCCCCAGAGACACCGUCCAAUCAGCUUCCACAGAAGAGGCCCAUGAUAGAAACUCCAGCUACAUUCAUCCAUCAGCGCACGGGUCAGCGUGGACAGAGUGGUUUAACCAGCAGAGACACAACACCAACACGCCUCACUACCCCAUGUACAACCCUCACACCCUGCUGUGGUGGCAGCAGCUCUACACCUGGCACUCUCACAUCAACUAUCAAAUGUGGGUCGCCUCACUGAGACCUCCCGAGCCACUCGCCACACCCCCAGUCCCCCCUGUCGAGCAGGCGCAGGCCGUUGCCCGUGACAACCCCCGGAACGCUCCAGUCGGAGCGGGCCUGAACGAGGAAGAGCUGAACCGUGAUUGGCUGGACUGGGUGUACGCAGCGUCCCGGGCGGUCGUCCUCCUCAGCCUCGUCUAUUUCUAUUCAUCGUUUAGCCGAUUCGUCAUGGUAACAGGAGCCAUGCUGCUGCUGUACCUGCACCAGGCGGGUUGGUUACCCUUUAAUCUGGACAACGAGCUGCAGGACAUCGCUGAACCAGCCAAUCACAAUCAGGAUGAGGGAAACGCAGACAAUCGCAACAACACAGAUCGGGUGGCAGAUGAAGGUGAAGAUGUGGAGGAGGAGCGAGAGGGACAUGAUGAUGAUGAUUAUGAUGAAGACGAUGACGACGAAGACGAUAAUGAUGAUGAUGGGGAUGAUGGUGGUGGUGGUGGUGGUGAUGAUGAGGGAUGGGUGAACAUGGGAUUCCUCUCCUCCACCUGGUCUUUCAUCACCACUUUCUUCGCGUCUCUUAUCCCCGAAGCCGUUCCCAAUGCAGUGAACUGAUCCUGAUCGGGUGGUUUCCAUCCAACAUGUUCCCUUUGCUCCGGAGCCGCCCUCCCUGGUUCUGAGCUCCACCCCCUACCUGUGAGCUCCAUACCGUCCCAAAGCGCCUUGCCCCUCAUAAAUCUCAUAAACAAACCCUACAGAAAUGACAAGAGCCUGUCUGGACAAAACCCUUCCAAAUAUCCGAUUGGUAUCUCAUAUCUCAUCUGUCUAACGUACAACACGCACACAUUUCAUCAGUAUUUCCUUAACGUAUUACGACGACUGAUCCUCAACCUGAUGAGAAGUGGCUCAAAGCAUGGACUCGUUCGCUUUUAAAAUAGCAUUUUAUAAUUUGAGUGUGUGAUUCUGUCCUUUGAACACGUCUCUUGUAAUUCAGAAUCUUUCUUAGAGCCUCAAAGAGGGACAUCGAUCAAACAAAAGCGUCUGUGCACUUUAUAUUUAAAGAAAAAGGAGAAAAAAAACUGUUUCUCAUUGUGAGCGUUUUAAACAGGACUUAACCCACUUUACCUGGUUUUAAACACUGCUGGUGACAUAACAUGUUUUUCGGGACGUUUUUAAUCCUUCAUUCAUUUACAUGCUCUUGUACCGUCUUGUCUUCUUUUGGCCAUCGUCUUUUCACACAUGGUUAAAAAAACAGCUGCAGGGGAAAUCUGAGCUUUUUUUAAAAAAAAAAAAAAAAACAAGCAUGAAAGCGACAUCCAUUUUUUUUCUUUCUUUUUUUUUUUUUCAAUACAAGAGCUAACUGGGGUUCAUAAAAAAAAAAAAUCCACAGUGCCGUUUAAAAUGUUUAUGCAAUGUGGUGUGGUUUGGAUUACAGACUGGGCUAAACUUCAAAGAAAUAGGAAAAUAAAAACUCCAGAAAGAUUCAGAA